GUCGAGCGCCGAGCCACUGAUGGCGAUGGCUGCCUCUGGUCUCUGAGGAACCUCGUAGGCCAGCAGUCAGAACCCGAGGUGGAGAGGCAGGCUGCCGACUGCCUGUCGGAAGCCGCAGGGAGUGAGAAAGGGUGUCGCCCUAUUCCGAGUCGCCGCAAAGAGCGCGGCGGUGCCUGAGAUUCCUUCUGCUGAAGAGAGGAAAUCUCAUCCAAGGCCACAAUGUCACUUCCCAAUUAUCUGAGUGCUGCCUGCUCAAGCUAACACUGCCAGAAUCCUGCUCCCUCGGGAGGAAUCAAGCUUACUUGGCAUGAGGUUCCUGCUUUCCUGGGGUUGAGAGAAGCACAACUAUGGCGUCUCUUGAUGACCCAGGGGAGGUGAGGGAAGGCUUCCUGUGCCCUUUGUGCCUGAAGGACCUUCAGUCUUUCUAUCAACUUCAGUCACAUUAUGAGGAAGAACACUUGGAAGAUCGUGAUGUCAAAGGGCAAAUUAAAAAUCUUGUUCAGAAGGCUAGGAAAGCAAAGAACAAGUUGUUGAAACGAGAAGGAGAUGAUCGAUUGGAACCAGGGACCCAAGGAUAUGAAUCAUUCAGUUAUGGCGGGGUUGAUCCUUACAUGUGGGAACCCCAAGAGCUUGGUGCUAUGAGAAGCCAUCUUUCUGACUUCAAAAAACAUCGUGCUGCAAGAAUUGACCACUAUGUUGUUGAAGUCAAUAAACUAAUCAUCAGGUUGGAAAAGCUUACUGCAUUUGAUAGAGCAAAUACUGAGACUUCAAAGAUUAGAGCAAUAGAAAAGUCCGUGGUGCCUUGGGUCAAUGACCAGGAUGUCCCUUUCUGUCCAGACUGUGGGAAUAAAUUCAGCAUCCGGAACCGCCGUCACCACUGCCGCCUCUGUGGGUCUAUCAUGUGCAAGAAGUGUAUGGAGCUCAUUGGCCUGCCCUUAGCACAUAAGCUCACCAGUGCCAGCAAGGACUCUCUGAGCACCCACACCAGCCCUAGCCAGUCUCCUAACAGUGUCCAUGGCUCCCGCCGGGGCAGCAUCAGCAGCAUGAGCAGUGUCAGCUCAGUCCUGGACGAGAAGGAUGACGACCGCAUCCGCUGCUGCACACACUGCAAGGACAAGCUGCUCAAGCGAGAGCAGCAGAUGGACGAGAAGGAGNACACGCCUGACAUCGUGAAGCUCUACGAGAAACUUCGGCUUUGCAUGGAGAAAGUUGACCAGAAAGCUCCCGAAUACAUCAGGAUGGCAGCAUCUUUAAAUGCUGGGGAGACGACCUACAAUCUGGAGCAUGCCAAUGACCUUCGAGUGGAGGUGCAGAAAGUAUAUGAGCUAAUAGACGCUUUAAGUAAGAAGAUCUUAACCUUGGGUUUGAACCAAGACCCUUCACCACAUCCAAACACUUUGCGGCUACAGAGAAUGAUCAGAUACUCAGCUACAUUAUUUGUGCAGGAAAAGUUACUGGGUUUGAUGUCACUGCCAACCAAAGAACAGUUUGAAGAACUGAAAAAGAAAAGGAAGCAGGACCUGGAGCAGAAGAGGACCGUGGAGAGACAGGCUGCUCUGGAGUCCAGGCGGAAGCUCGAGGAAAGACAGAGUGGUUUGGCAUCUCAUACAGCCAAUGGGGACGUGAGGUCUCUUCCAGGCAUCCCUGCCCCCUUGCGAAAGGCUGAGGGCUGGCUCCCGCUGUCAGAAGGUCAGGGACAGAGUGAAGAUCCUGACCCUCUCCUCCAGCAGAUCUAUAACAUUACAUCGUUCAUCAGGCAGGCCAAGGCUGCAGGCCGCACAGAUGAGGUGCGCACACUUCAGGAGAACCUGCGACAGCUGCAGGAUGAGUAUGACCAGCAGCAGACUGAGAAGGCCAUUGAGCUGUCCCGGAAGCAGGCCGAGGAGGAGGAGCUGCAGCGGGAGCAGCUACAGAUGCUCCGCAAGCGAGAGCUUGAACGAGAACAAGAGCAGUUCCUGGCAGCAUCCCUGCAAACACGGACUCGUGUUCUAGAACUCCGAGAAGUUAUACCCUUCCAAUUGGAGGCCAGCCGAGGGCCUCACAUUGAUCUCUCCUAUUCCUUGGAUCAGGACUCCUCCCCAGUUCAGAGCAGCACAGCUCCUGAUACCCUUACACCUGGCUCAGCUCUAGCACCCAUGCACUUGUGGUCUGGGCCCCCAGCCCUUGGCCAGGAAACACUCCCUCAGAGCACCAUGUCACAGCAAAGUGAUAAGGCCUCAUUCAACCCGUUUGAUGAAGACGACCUCUCCAGCCCUACAGAGGGUGCUAUCAGCCCUGCUGCUGUAGAGGCUUUCCUGGGCCCUCCAGCUGCUGUCACCAAAGAAUACAAUCCUUUUGAGGAAGAUGCUGAGGAAGAGGAGGUGGCAGAGUUGGGGGCAGGAAAUCCCUUCACUGACCCGGACAGUCCAGCACCCAACCCUUUUGAUGAGGAUGACCGUCCCAGGCCUGCCAGUCCAGCCCCCCCUGGAAACCCUUUUGAAGAGUGCCCCUGCACCAACCCUUUCGAGGUCGACAGUGAUAAUGGCAUGGAAGCCGAGGAACACAUCGAGGAGGAGCUGCUCCUGCAGCAAAUUGACAACAUCAAGGCUUAUAUCUUUGAUGCCAAGCAGUGUGGGCGAAUGGACGAGGUUGAGGUUCUGACAGAGAACCUCCGGGAGCUGAAGUGUACCCUGGCUAAGCAGAAGGGGGCCCCUAAUUGACAGCAAUGGGCAGGAACUGGGCAGAGUCUUGGGCAGCAGGAUAUCAAGUGGGAGGCGGAGAUGGGCAGGCAUCUGAACACACACAGGUUGGGGUGGGAACAGUAGUCUCUUACUGUGCACUUUGAGACAUUUCCACUACAGUUGAGCAAGAACAGGAAAAACAAUCGGCAUUCAUGUGCUGGUUUUUCUGUAUUCUUUUUUUUUAAUGAAGUGUUCCCUUUUCAGGGGACUUUACCAUUUUAUUGUCAAGAUACAGCUCUGUUGGGCCAAGGCAGAGAUGGCUCCUGGGCACCUCUUAGUCCAUUUUCUGCAGACUGUUGUUGGUCAUUAUGCAGUAUUAUAGGGCAGCCCUUGACAGGCCCUUCCUAUAGCCAGGAUAGGCAGGGCUCUAGCAGAAGUCUGUCCUGACUUGGUUGUUCCCUUUCAGCACAUCACUUAGGGAGAUACUGCUGUGAAGCCCAGUGGGACCAGGGCCUCUUUAUGGAUGGCAGGAAUGUUGCCAGUGUUGUCCCCUCCCAGUUAAAGGAAGUAAAAUUCCCAAGUGUGAGGGUAGUGGGCUGGUGGUGUCAGUGUGAGCUUGACUUUGAGAUAGUAGCGUUCAACUUUCUGGUGGAUGUUAUGGUUUCUACUUGUGCAGUUGUCUGAUCCCCUGGGAACCUCCCUCCAGGACGUUGGUAGAAUGGCCGUUCUGUAGGUCACAUUCAAGGGCCUGCUGAUGUGGAAUUGUGGCUGGGAAGCUUCUGUGGAGUAUUAGCAGGUGAUGGACACUUCUGAGUCAGGAUGAUUCUAGUAACUUCCAAGGCCCUCCAGUCAGCCCUCUUCCUUGUGGUUUAUCCCGACCUGGGAAACUGGUAGGAUGUACUGAGAAAUGGAAAUAUUUGAGGCACAGCCUGAGACCAUUCCACAGCCCUGAAGUACUUGAACUCUUGAUAGAAAACAGAAAGGGAAGUUAUGUAGCUUAGUACUUUGGUUUACAGGAACAGAUCCAUUGACAGAUGACCUUGUAAGAUUCUUGGUGUGCUCAGCUCUGGGUAAUUUCUUUGGUGAUGAUACUCUUUAGCUAAUGGACAAGAACUGUCCACUAGUCACUUUCCCCUCAGCUUUCUCUGGGCCAUGCCUUUUGUUGGUCACUGGUGUAUAAGCUGAAAGUCUUCUGUCACAUCCUGGUGAAGAUCCAUCUUGGUGGUAAGAAUGCUAUCUGGGUGCAAGGAUCUCUACUUUGGCAGCUUUAACCCCAGCUCAUUAGUACAUGUUGGGGCUUUGGCUGGAUAGAGAGCCCUGUAUGGGGCUAUGGGAAGGGCUGGAGAAGGAGGGAGGGAUGAACCCUUUGAGUUCUGCUGACAGGUGUUUUCUGGCCUGCUAGUAGAUUACCAGCCAUUUGCCAGCUCUGUUGGUGUCAUGGGCUGUUCUGGAAGGUAGGCAGCCUGGCAUUUUAUAUUACCUGGGGCAGGCUACCUCUUUCUAAAGCCCAUUCUCCAGGCAUGCCCACCAUAUCAUCUGCCCUGCUUGGUCUGCUUUUGUGUCAUGGAAAAAGAGGCAGUGCUAACACAAGAAUGAAGCUGAAUUCUGGUUUCCACCAUUACUUUUCCAGACUCAGAUCAGGUGUUUAGGGUGGUACAACUGUAGACAAUGCUUUUCUUAUAAGACUGGGUUUCUUAAUUAGCCAGUGAGUGACUUGAUGGGCAGUAGUGGCACAUGCCUUUUAUCCCAGCACUUGGGAGGUAGAGGCAGGAAUUUCUGAGUUCCAAUCCAGCCCGGUCUACAGAGUGAGUUCCAGGACAGCCAGGGCUACACAGAGAAACCCUAUCUCAAAAAAAUAAAAAUAAAAAAUAAACAAAAAUAAAAAUUAAGAAAAAAAUUAUCUAGUGACUUAUUAAAUGUACUUCUUUCUGGAACUCACCCCAGGUAGCAGUCUGACUGAGAGCAUGGAGAAAACAAAUGCUUUUAAACAGCAGUGUUUUAAAAUCCNGACUGACUGACUNUUAAACCGAGUGAACCCAGAUCCCAGAGGUUUUCCUGAGUUUCUCAUUGAAUUCCUCUUUGACCAUAUUCUGAAAGUCAGACAUAACACGAGAGACUUGUCUACCCCUUGUCUGGAUCACCUCCCAGAAUUCAUGCAGGUCAGAGUUGGUUUGCAGAGGGUGUUUGGCCAGUGAGUGAACCACAGUGCCAGCUUCUUACCGUGGGUGAAUACUUGAUGAUUCCCAAGGACGGAGCACGUCCUUGAUAAGGUGUUGGCAGACCCCUUAGGUGUAGGUCCUGUUCCUAGUGAGGGGCUUCUUGCUUAUUCCCUUCUAACAACACUAAGGAAUUGGAGCCUUAUCACUGCACUUACCACAUAUCAUGUCUUUGUCGUCAGAUAGUAAAACCUCUUUCUAAGUCAUCAUGAGCCAUGUUGCAUAGCUAUGCCAUGCGGUUCAAAUUGUGGAAUUGGCCUCGGUACGAGGUCAGACUAGAGGAGCUCGGUGUACUGGUAAUCAUGAUGACUGUCAGCAAGAUGGUCAUUAAUGCGCAUGCACUACACUGGGGCCUUGUAUCAGAGGCUUUUAUUAAAAACAUUAAAAUAUCAUUUAUGUAAGGCUUUUAUUAAAAAAAUAACAUGUUCAUGGCUGG